AUGGUGGGUAGUUGCGGAUGUGGCCAGCUGGCCAGCUCGGUGGUCGGUUACGUUACCGGCUGGUUCGGGGAGUCGGGCCUGAAGGCGCUCACUGAAGCGGCGAAUGUGAACGGGAAGAACUAUGGCUUUGAUGAGGUUUAUGUUUGUGAUGCGGCAGAGGUGCAUUACGGGUUCAGAUCCUGGGAUGCGUUCUUUACUAGGAAAUUAAGGGACGGUGUGAGGCCUGUUGCGGGGCCGGAUGAUUCGAAUAUUAUUAUUAACCCAUGCGAGUCGAAGCCGUAUAAGGUUGCGCAUGGUGUUGGCGAUGGUGAAAAGUUCGAUGUCAAGGGUACGCAGUAUUCUCUGCAGAAGAUGCUUGGUGGCGAUCAACUUGCGCAGCCGUUCAUCGGCGGUACUGUAUACCAAGCCGCCCUCAGCGUCCUGAGUUAUCACCGCUGGCACGCACCCGUUAGUGGAAAAGUAUCAAAGACAUACGUUAUCGAGGGAACAUACUACGACCAGAACCGCACCAAUACCGGUGGCAGUUUCCUCUCGAAAUUACCCGGAUCAAGCUUCUUCGGAAAGGACACUGACCCUGAACCCGCGGAUGUAACGGCCACAGCGACUCGCGCGGUGAUCUUGAUUGAUUCUGAUAACCCGAAGAUUGGACAGGUUGCAUUCAUGGUUGUUGGUUUGGCAGAAGUGUCGACAUGCGAGAUUACCGUCAAAGAAGGCGACUCUGUGAGCAAGGGAAGUGAACUUGGAAUGUUCCAUUAUGGUGGAUCUACUCAUUGCCUGAUUUUCCGGCCAGGAAUUGCUCUCCUCUCUUUUCCUUCGCAGUCGGGCAAUACUGUGCCCGUGAACCAGCAGUUGGCGGUUGUUUCUUAG